GAAUGCUAUGAUAUUUCUCUCCGGAACAUAAACUGUGGGUGCAGCCGCUUCGGGGUUUUAUAUCAGUUAUCUCUAUGAUGGACAAUCAGACCAAUAACAACAAACUCGAUCUUCCACCAGCACCAGCUGUCCCGGCAUUACGACAAAGAGAAAACGAUGAAGACAUCAUGGCUAUGUUAGAAGCCAGAGUAGAUCCUGUACAAGAAGACUUGCCGCCUGCUCCAGCUGUACCGGAAGUACCACGAUACUCAGACCAAGAUGACAUCAUCGCUGUGCUGAGAGCUCAAAGAGAUCGGAAACAAGAAGAGAAAAUGAAGCAGAAAGCCAUGCAGUUUGCCAUGGUUGGUGCCAUAGAGAAGCAAGACAGUGAAAAACUUCAGCAACUGAUACAGGAUGGAGUUAAUAUUGAUGCUGAAAUAAUAUUUACCAGAACACCAUUAACACAUACGAUAGAACUUAAACACGAAAACAUUGCCAUCCAAUUAAUAGACAAUGGUUGCGAUCUAUAUUUACCGGUCGAUGAAUUUCCGUACCUUCAACCAAUUCAUCUAGCUGCAAGGGAAAAUUUGCCAAACGUUAUCAAGAAGCUUAUCGAAAACGAGGUUGAUCCGAAUGUGUGGGAUGCCGAUCAGAUGUCACCGUUGACAAUUGCAAGUCACUAUGGACAUGUAGAAGUAGCUGAAUUGCUUAUUCUGUCUGGUUGUAAUAUAAACUUUAGGGACAGUUGUUAUAGGACCCCUUUACACCGUGCUGUAGAGGUUGGGUCGAUAGAAGUGAUUUCGUUGUUAUUAAAACACAAAGCUGAUAUAGAUGCAAGCGAUAUUAAAGGAUGGACGCCAUUACAUUUGGCAGUGGCUUUGGAUUAUCAAAAUAUCAUCAACCUUCUGAUAGACAAUAACUGCUCCUUAGAUUUUUAUGAUACCAAUGAUAAAACUCCAUUGUCUAUCGCUUGCGAUUAUCUGAGCAAAAGUAAUAUCGACAUUGUUAGAGCAACACAAUUUAGUUAUGACGGUCGAACAAUAGAUUUUCUUCAAGGGAGAUAUCUUAGUCUUUUGCAACGACCAAGAGAACAAAGAGAAUUAUUGCAAACCGUCGUGAAACUUAUAAACUCCGGUGCUAAUGUUGACGGUCAUGAAUUUCGACCUAUCUCUGCUGCUGCCUAUGGUGACAAUUCCGAUACUGUAUACCUGUUAAUCAAUGCCGGUGCCUGGAUUCCUCAGGACUGGUUUAUGUUCUCUCCUGAUGUACAAUUAGGUAAUAAAAUGACACAACUGGUAGACUGGAUAAAAGCUCAAUAUUUGUUACAAAUUACUUUACUUGGGCAUUGCAAAAGGACGAUUAGAAAAAUACUGGCAAAACGAUGUAACAACAUUGAUAUCGGAAUAGAAAGUCUCCCUUUACCCCCUGGAAUUAAAUCCUUUCUUCGAUGAAGACACUCCAGUGAUUGACACCCUCAACAAUUUAAUGCUUGCUAUAUUAUCAAUAAGAUAUUUAAUUGAGAUGACCAAAUUUUAUAUGGACAUUCAUUUGUUAACCUGUGUUUGUGAUGCCUUUUAUUGUAACUGCGCUGCAAUGGUGUGCGGUCUCAUUACAAUACUAUCUAUAUAGAUUUUUUUUGUGAGUUCUAAUUAUUUGAUAAGCAAUUGACUCCUUCGAAGCAAUACACAAUAGCUCUGUAUGUAUAAGUCUUGAGAGUGACCAUUAAUUUUAAGUUCUUGUCUUAGUUUGUCGGACUGUGUAUGACAGA